AUCUUAUCUCGUAGAACGAAAGAACGUGCGUUAUAGCAGCUCUUUAUACGUCGUAUUUUGAGCCCUUACUGCCAGAAGAAUUGCUAAAAAGAAUUGUGGGAAAUACCCCAUCCUGAAAUACUUAAACAACAAAAUAACAUGACGAGUCCCCUAAAAUUAAAGCAAAAAGUCCUCAUUGUGGGAAACUCGGGCGUUGGAAAAUCGGCACUGAUUCAACAAUAUGUAGACGAAAUAUUUACGGAUACUGUAGCAACGGUUGCUGUAGACAUUAGCGUUAAAAAAAUUGUUAUAAACAAUAACGUGAUAACAUUGCAGAUUUGGGAUACUGCCGGCCAGGAACGACACCGAGCCAUUUCCAAGGCAUACUACCGAGGAGCGGAUUCUUGUAUCCUCGUUUUUGAUGUAACUGAUCGAACAUCGUUUAAGGAUCUUGAUUCUUGGCGUGAUGAAUUCUUAAUUCAAGUCAAUCCGCAGAAUUCAGAGCAUUUUCCCUUUGUUGUACUGGGCAAUAAAGUGGACUUGAAUAAUCGUAACGUAUCAACAGAAGAGGCCCAACUGUGGUGCAAGAAACAUAAAAUUCCCUACUUUGAGACCUCGGCGAAGGAUGGAAGCAGCUUAAAAGAUGCAUUCAAGACAGUGGCGCAAAAAGUCUUUGCGACGAAAGCAAUUGACGACGAUGCUGGUUCUUUCCUCUUAAGUAAAGAUCCGCAGGUCCUCAAAAGUUCUGAAAGUCUUUGUACCUGUACAAAUAAUUAUGUAAAUAUAAAUGCCGAAAAAUGUGUGUAAACUUUAUUGCGAAUAAAAAAAUUUAUUAGCUUGGCGAUAA